ACGAGAUUAAAGUCGUUAAAUAACGAGAAAAAAGUCGUGAAAUAACGAGAAAAAAGUCUAGACUAGACUAAUGUAAAUCUUGAUGUUAUAGCCUACAUUCAUGAACAGCUGCAUGUGUUUCAUGCGAUCCAUCGACACCCUUUCUGAAGGAUACGGAGAAGUGAGUGACCUUUACAUUAAUUCAUAUAUGUAUUGUUGAAGGAGGACUUGCGCGGCAAUAAUACAGUUUAACGUUGGCUAUCACGUUAUUGGAAAAAUAGUCCAGUAACGAACUCUUUACAGGCCUGGUUAUACUAUGCAAUUAACAUUGGUUUCUUUGUGUACAGUUUUAUUAAUGAUCUUUUCAGUUAUGUAUGUUUAAAGUUUGCAAAGUCAAGCUUUUUCAACGCAACGUAAUUUUGACAGGCCCAGCGGGAGCAGACUGCACAAUUAUGUCCAUCAUCACUGUAACAGAAUUUCUAAGAGACCGCGGUAUUUCAGAUGACAUACUUUCUCGUCUGGAGGAAGAAAAGAUUGACAGAGAUGUUAUCUUGCUAAUGGACGACUCAGCUCUCGCCAACUAUAUUCCCUCAUAUGGAGAUAGACUUGCUCUUUUCCAUUUUUGCAGAAGUCAAAACCCUGCUUCCAAAAGGAAACAGGGUCUGUUUGAAAGACUGAGAGAAAAGAUGAAAUUGAGAAAGCAAUCUACAACUGAACCCCAGUCUAAAGAGGUACCAGAGUCUUCUAAACCCAAAUCAAGAGGCAAAGCAAAUAAGAGACAGAUUGAAAUCGGCUGGAUUCAUGCAGAUAACAAAGUAACAAAGCAAGUCAGAACAAAACAAGGAGGGGGCACUAGAAAGCUUGCCAUGGACAUUAAUGCAGGUUACAAUGAGAUCCUUAAAGAAGGUAAAGAACUUUUCUUCCCAGGAGGACAAUCAAGUAAGGGUGAUGAGCGUGACUACUCAUUUGAAGUUUGGGACUUUAGACAAAAUGUUCUUCCAACUGAUGUCUCAAUUUGCAAAAUAUAUGAGGCAGUGAAACUGCCAAAUUUGCGCUUCUACAUAGCUACUAGGCCAGUCGAGUCAGUUGACAGUACUUCAAACACUGAGUCUGAAAACAAUGAUGAUACCAGCAUCAUCUCACUGCAUAGUGAUUACAGUGAAGAAGUAGACUAUACAAUGGCCACAAACAAUUCUCUAGACUGGUCAGUUGUCACCGAUCUUGCAGUGGUAUCAAGCCAGAAUAUUCCAGUAGAUGAAGAAGUUUUCAUCAUGGCAGAUGAUGUAGUAAGUGACCCACUUAAUACUUCUGACCCUGAAAUCACUUUCGGCCCUUAUCCUGGCGAUGAAUCUGACCUGGAGAACACA